GAUAAUGGUAAGAAUCCAACCACUUUGGAAGCUUUGAAGAAAAGUGGUCUAAAAGGCGAUCAUGCUUAUUCUUUCUCCAGUGAUCAUAUCUUCGCUGGCCAUGCAAAUACUUCAAUCCAACUUGCAUAUCUAUGUUACGAAUUAUCCCGCCCUGGUAACAGCCGCAAACAAACAAGGCUAAAACAUGAACUCUUUGAAACAUUUGGUAAACCAGCAUCUUUGAGUUCGAUUAUUGAUGAUUUGGAAAUAGUUGAUAAAUUACCAUAUCUAAAUGCACUUAUCGAAGAGAAUUCAAGAGUACAUUCAUCCCUUCCUGGUGCUGAACCCCGUGUUGUACCUAGACCAUAUUUAUUGGAAAUGGAAAAUGGAAAGAAAGUCGUUGUACCCGUAGGGACAGUCAUAUCGUGUCUACCAUAUGCAAUGCAUCGUGUACCUACCAUAUUCCCCGAGCCAGAUCAAUUCAUACCGGAACGUUGGUUGCCUUAUGAUCAUGAAUUCCAACAAGAGUAUAAAGAAAGGAUAAAACUACAACAAAAAUAUAUGAUGCCAUUUGGUAAAGGUAUCAGAAUGUGUCUUGGAAGGAACUUGGCACUUAUGGAGAUGAAAAUGGCUAUUGUAAAUCUUUAUUGGCAUUUUUAUUCUCGGAUUGAUCCUAACUGGUGUGAGGUGGUUACUUCCAAGGACCCUGGACUGACCCCUGCACCAAUUAAUUUAGGGUCGAGAAAUGUCGGAACAAAUACAACUGACGAAGAAAAGAUGACAAUGUAUGAUUCAACAACAGAAGACAUGUUUCCAUUUGCUAUUCCUUAUCCUCCAGAACAGGACGAUGGAUUUUGGGGUAUUCCCACAUCUACAAUAGAUUGGUGUGAAGAGAAUUAUGUGGUAUCUAAAUAUGUUGCAGAAGCAUUGAACACAGUGACUAAUUCAGUAUUUAUUCUAUUAGCUCUGUUUGCAACUUAUCAUGCUUACAAGAAUAAACUUGAACCUAGAUUUAUAUUUUCAGCAUUGGGAUUCUUAUUAGUUGGUAUUGGAUCCUGGUUAUUCCAUAUGACUUUGAAAUAUCAUUUCCAACUUUUGGAUGAAUUACCGAUGAUUUAUGCAACUUGCAUUCCCUUUUGGUCAGUUUUCAGUGAAUUUAAAACUAAAGAACAAUCAAUGAGGAUAGCAUGGGGAACUUUCAUGGGUGCUAACCUUUUAACUGUGAUCUAUCUUUAUUUUCGUGAUCCAACCAUUCAUCAAGUAAGUUAUGGAACCUUGAAUGUACUUAUAGUUAUCAGAUCGAUCAGAUUGAGAAAGAAAUAUGUCCAUGAUGAGGUUGCCGCCAAACAAUUACAUACAACCCUGAUUCUCGGAAUUGGACUCUUUUUAUUAGGGUAUUUGCUUUGGAAUUUAGAUAUUCAUUUUUGUACCGAAGUUAGAAUCGCAAGAAGAAACUGGGGAAUGCCUUAUGGAUUUGUUUUGGAAGGACAUGGAUGGUGGCAUAUAUUGACUGGAUCUGGUGUGUAUUGUUCUUUGGUUUAUGAAGAAUAUUUACGAUGCUUCUUAACUGGUACCGAAAAGUUCUUUCAAUUUCAGUGGGCAUAUGGGUUUCUUCCGGUCGUUUAUUGUAUAGAUAAGCCCGGUUUACAAAGACAUAGGGCUGUGAAGAAGUUAGCUGAAGAAGAUUCAAAAUACUUGGAAAAAAUGAAAAAGGACCUUUAA